AUCCUCGCCCUAGAAGGUCUGAAGGCGGGGAUCCGAGAAGCCCAGCGCCUCCUCCCCCGGACGGGGAGGGGAAAGAAGGCCGGGAACGGGAGAUUGGGGGGUGGGGGAGGGCCCGGUGGGUCUGUUCUCAGAGCGCCGGAGGCCCACCGCAGCAGCAACACAACCAUGCUAGCCCCUCGGCUGACGCUCGGCUUGGUGGGGUUGAUGCUCCUCCAGCUGCCGCUGCCCGCCUGGCCGGAUCCUGAAGCCAGUUGCGAUCCCGACGGAUGCUACGCGCUUUACACCCAUCCGCGCAGCUUCUUAGAAGCCUGGCGGGCUUGCCGGGAGCUCGGCGGUAACCUGGCCACGUUGAAACGAGCCGAAGAGGCGGCCCAGGUCAGCCAGUUGCUGGCCGGCAGCCGCCAGCCCGGCCCGCCCCGUCUCUUCUGGAUCGGGCUGCAGCGCCAGCCCCGCCAGUGUUUCCCGCAGCGGCCCUUGCGCGGUUUCAGCUGGGUGACCGGCGAGCAAGAGACGGCUUACAGCAACUGGGCCAGAGCCGGGCCGACCGUCGGGGGAGCCGGCUGCGCUGCGCCCCGCUGCGUGGGCUUGGACGACCGGGAUUUCCAGUGGCUGGAAGGCUCCUGCGCGGGUCCCGUGGACGGCUACCUCUGCCGCUUCGCCUACCGAGGGAUGUGCGGCGGGUUGGAGGAGGAAGGCGAAGGGGCCAGCAUCAGCUACGCCGCACCCUUCGGGCAGCUGGCCGCCCCUGCCGUCGGGGCUCCCCCGCGUUUCCUCCCCUUCGGGACCGUGGCCUCCGUGGGCUGCCCCGGCGGGCCGUCGCUGUCUCUGCUGUGCCUGCAGAAGGAGGACGGGCGCGUGGGUUGGUCCAAGGGCCCGCCGCUGUGUCGGGAGCGAGGCUCGGGGCCGUCGGGUGGUGCCGCGGCGGCGGUCUCGUCUUCCGCGGCGGCCGCGAGUUGGUGCGAGGGAGACAACGGUGGGUGCCAGCAACUCUGCCUGGACGAGGGCUCGGGCUACGCCUGCGAGUGCCACGCGGGCUACGUCCUGCUCCCCGAUGGCCACUCCUGCGCUGCCAACGACCCCUGCCGACGCCGGCCCUGCCAGUUCGACUGCGUGGCCGAGGAGGAGAGCUCCCACGGCUACUCCUGCCGGUGCCCUGCCGGCUACGAGUUGGCUUCCGACGGACACCAGUGCGAGGACUUAGACGAGUGCCUGGACGCCCCCUGCGAGCACCAGUGCGAGAACACCGAGGGCUCCUACCUCUGCCGGUGCCACCUGGGCUUCAGCCCCGCCGAGGACGAGCCCGGCCAGUGCGUGGACACCGACGAGUGCCAGAUCCCCGGGGUUUGCCAGCAGAUGUGCGUGAACUACGUGGGCGGCUUCGAGUGCUACUGCACCGAGGGCUUCGACCUGGAAGCCGACGGCAUCAGCUGCAGCCCGGUGGAUGGGUUGGACGGCCCCGGCGCCACCCCGCCCGAGGUCUGGCCGGAUCCUUUCCACGUGCGCUUCACCACCAGGGAGGCCGACGAUCUCAGCGGGCCGCCGGUCCGCUUCUCGCUCUUUCGCGACGGGGAGGCCGGCUCGUCGUCCGAUUCGGCCGCUUCUUUCUUGUCGGUGCCCGACCGGCUGGUCUUCCCCCCGCCGGUGCCCGCCACGGAGGCCCCCGAGUUGGAGGACGCCUGGGACUCGCGCGUUUCUCCCUUGGAGCACGGUUUCUUCUUCUCCUCCUCCUCCUCGACGGGGCACCCCGAGGUCCUCCAUCCCACCCCCGCGGCUUCCGAUCCUCCGACGCCCGUCGCUGGGUCCCGGCCUCUCGGCGUCACGGGGACCUUUCCUCCCACCCCGGAGGACCCUCUCACGACCCCCCCUCCGUCUCCCUCCGGAAGGUCCGGCGGUCCCACGGAUGACAAAGUGGACCCCGUCGUUGGGGGAGUCAGGGCGCCCCUGCCCACCUCUGCCAUCCCCAGCCCGGCCUCUGGGGAGGAAUGGCAGAGGAAGGACGGGCGCUGGCUCAUGGUGGCUUUACUGGUGCCCCUUUCGGUCUUUCUGGUUAUCAUGUUGGCUCUGGGCAUCGUUUACUGUACCCGCUGCGGAGCUCAGGCUAAAAGCAGGAGCGUCACCCAAUGUUACCGGUGGGUGAUCAACACAUCCGAAAAAUCCGCCCCGCCUUGCCAACCGGCCCCUUGCCAACCGGCCACUUGCCGGACCAGUGUCUGAACAACGAGCCACAGCACCGGGGAAGGGGAGCGAGGGGUGGUCGGAUGACCCUGUUCCGGUGCCAGGUUGGCACAAGGACCUAAAAAAAAAGAA